AUGAGCUGUCUGGAUGUUAUGUACCAGGUCUACGGUCCUCCCCAGCACUACUUCGCAGCAGCCUACAGUCCCUAUCCACAGAAACUCGCUUUUUACUCCAAAAUGCAAGAAGCCCCGGAGAGCGGCAGCAGCGCCAGCGCCAGCAGCUCCUUCUCCAGCCACCCCGCGGCCAGCAUCAAGGAGGAGGACUGCAGCCCCGAGAAGGAGCGACCCCCGGAGGCCGAGUACAUCAACUCCCGCUGUGUCCUCUUCACCUACUUCCAGGGGGACAUCAGCACCGUUGUGGACGAGCACUUCAGCCGGGCGCUCAGCCAGCCCAGCAGCUUCUCGCUCGGCAGCGCAAAGGCAGCGCGGAACGCCGGGUCCUGGAGGGAUGGCUCCUUCCCGAUGAGCCAGCGCAUCUUCCCACCAUCCUUCUGGAACAGCACGUACCAGCCCUCCUCAGUCCCAGCCACCCUGAGCAGCCCCCUGGCCGCUGCUGCUCACAGCGAGCUGCCCUUCGCCGCCGCCGCAGACCCUUAUGCACCCGCCUCCCUGCACGGCCACCUGCACCAGGGCGGCCCCGAGCCCUGGCACCAUGCUCACCACCACCACCACCAGCACCACCACCACCCCUACAUCGGCACACAGAGCACCGCCUACCCCCGCCCCGCCGCCGUGCACGAGGUCUACGGGCCCCACUUCGACCCCCGCUACGGCUCGCUCCUAGUGCCCACCGCCUCCGUCCGUCCCCACCGGCUCACCCCUGCUUCCGUGCCCACCCCGGUCAGUCCGCCCUGUGAACUGGGCAAGAGCGAGGCGGGAGCUGCUGCGGCCUGGACAACGCCAGGACCCUUCCCCAAUGCAGCGGGGGAAAUGGCACAGAGCCUCAGCCUCAAUGUGGACACAGCUCGCCGUUACUCCUUCUGUGGUGGAUCCCUUCUGAGCUGA